GCUGAAGUUCUUGUCCUCCUUUCUUCCCUCCCUCUGAGUUUCUUUCUUUCCCGACUUUGGCCGGGAGGGGAAAAGAGGCAGACGAUGUGUUUCCUGGAGCGGGAUUUUGAGGAAAUUCAGAGAAUCUGAAAGAUUGACUUCCUCCCUAAACCCCGACACCAAGAUCCAAGGCGAGAGAGGAGAAAGAGCCAUGAUCCAGCUGCUGCUUUUGGGGCUGCUGCUGGCCUCAGCAACUCAGGGACAAAGGGACGAGCUGAGCUCGGAAGAGGAAAGAAAGGCUCUGAUGCUCAAGCAUCUGCAGGAGAUCCUGGAGUUGUCGGAAAUGACAGAAGAGGAGCCUGUGCACGAGGUCACCCUGAAGGAGACGGAGGAAGAGUCAGCUGGCAAGGAGAUCUUUGAGGAAGAGGAGGAAGAGGAAGAGGAGGAAGAGGAAAUGCUUCCCCGUACCACUCUGUUGACCCCAACUACAGCAUCACCAGCUCAUGAGGAGGAGGAUGGUUUCAGCUAUGUCUUCUCACGCCUGAACAGCCUGGAUGCAGCUGUCCACCGUCUCAACGUACAGUUCUACCACAUGGACUUGAAAGUUUCCCAGUUCUCCCAAGGCCUGGCUGAACUGAAGGGGGGCCUGGCUGAAACCCGCGAGUCCCUCGCCUCCUUGAAUGAAGUUGCCACACGCAACCAGAAAGAGCUUGGACGCAUUGAUGGUUGCUUGCGGGGCCGACGCACUCAGACCAAAUGCUUCCUGAUCUUUAAGAACUUUGAAAUCUAUGAUGCGGCCCAAAAACUCUGUGAGGUCAGAGGAGGCCACCUGGCAAUGCCUGCUGAUGCCACCGAGCUGGCCGUCCUCCGCCGCUACCUCCAUGAUGCCUUCCAGCCCUACAACUGGCCAGCCUGGGUGGGCAUCCACGACCGCCGUUCUGAAGGGCUGUGGCUCUUUGAGAAUGGGCAACGUGUCUCUGUCUUUGACUGGUACCGUGAUCACUUAGUGACUCAACCCAACGGUGGCACUCGUGAGAACUGUGUCUCCCUCAGUUCAGAUGAUGGGAAGUGGUGGGACAAUGACUGCGAGCGUCGCAUGUACUACAUCUGCGAAUAUCGUCUUUAGGGGUGGAGGCAUCUGCUUCUGGUCAGAUUCAAGCCCUUGUGUGCCCUUGAAUGGGUGCCCUUCCAUUACCAGUACAAUGAUGAGUAGCACAUCUAAGCAGUGAUUGGCUACAACUUCUGGGAGGCACUAGAUUUGCCAAAUUUUUUUGCAUGUGUAUAUGAGUGCUCAUUUCUUCUUCCAACUCACCCUAAUAUUCUUCCCCAAUGGAAAGGAAUACACAGCCCUCUAGAUGCUAUUAGACUUCAUUUUCGAUCUGCCCAUUGUGUCUAAAAUAGGACGUCAUGGUUAUCUCUGUAGCAAGUGAAGAGUGGCUCUCUUGAAAAAAACACAUCAAGCAAAUCCUUAGAGAGAUCAUGGUAUGCUGAACCAAAAGGCAGAAAAUUGAAUAGUGUUUGGUCAUAUGCAUAGUUCAGAUAACUACAGUCUGACUGGGAAUGUACUCCCUGCAGAUAUGGGAGUUGUACCAUAUCCCAUUUAUUUGGUAGCCUCUUUCUGACCACAAGAUUAAGUUGUAUUUAGCACAGACCUUGGGAAAGUUUUUAGAAUACAAGAUCCAGAGUCUUCCCAUCAACAUGGACAUUGGUUAUCUUGGCUGAUGGAUUCUAGGACUUGUAGUCCAUAAGAGUGGCUUUUCUAAGCUGUGAUCAAAUCCCCUUCCAACAAGAAGAUAUAUCCCCACAGUUGCAGGCAAAGAAUAAUUCAGUUCCAUAGGGCUUUGCUUUUUCUGUUGCCUGGUGAUGCUCACAGUACUCGCACGGUUUAACAGGAUCUAUCUGGAACCAAAUUACCCAAAGCGAUUUAAUGCACUUCAAAGCUCCAGAACCUGUUGUUUAGACCCCGUAGGGACCCUGCAGUCUGUUUCAUAUUGGAUUGUAUGAAGAGGCCAAGGUCCACAUAGAGAAUUUCUUUUGCUGCAGAGAAAACACCAUUAUCCUUCUCCAAACCAAGGGCAAAACAGGACUUGCGCACCUCAUUUUUUUUUUCAGAUAUGUAUCUAGCACUGAGUCAGUCUGGGAUCCCUAAACAGAUUGGAGCUGGGAUGUAAUAAGAAUUUUAAUCUGUGCCAUCUGCUAAUAAUAAUCAGUCUCCAUGAAAGCCAGGGCAUAGAGGGGUCCCACUUUUGAACUACAAAUCACAGAAUCUCAGAGGAUGCUUCUGAGUGUUGUAGUCCAAAAAGUAACUUCUCAGACCUUGGGCUAUAACAGUUGUGCUAAGGGAAAUUUAGGUAUAAUACCGUUGUUUUGGAAUAAGAAACAUUCAAGAGAUCUCUUCUAAGGAUCCAUCAUAUCACUUCUUCCACAUGAAAGAAACAUGUGGUUUUAAUUCUAACAUGCCUUUUAUUUUAUGGAACCCCUCAGAAAUCGUACCAUGCAGAAAAAUGAUGGACAUCUUGUCCCCUGAACAGCACAUGGUUUUAAAAGAUCUACUCUCUGCCUCCCCCUUAUGUAGACAAAUAUGCAAGCAAUUCAUAUUCUUUCUCUCCUGGAUGAUUAUCCCCCCUUUUUAACCCCUUAAGAGACAAGGCUGACUUAGUCCAGCAUUUAGGACAGAGCUGGGAAGUAUGUGCCCCCUUGAUAUUGUUAGAUUGCAGCUCCCAUCAUCCAAUUGGCAAGCUUGGCUAGGAAUGAUAGUACUUGUGGUCCAACCACAUCUAUAGGGUUGCAGAUUGCCCACUCCAUUUUAGGAUUUUAGUCUAGAGUGUAAACGGCCUUGUGUUGCUGGCCAGCACAGGGCAGAUUUGCCUGCCUUCUCACAUUGCCAAAUAAAGUUUAGAAAGAA